UAAUAGAAACUCACACCUUUCCUUAUUCUAUUCUGCGAUUUUCUAUAUCCUAUCCUCAAGUCAUGGAUCAUCGCACUCUUCUUCUCUUCGUCGUUCUUUUCAUCUUCUCCGUCUCGGCAUUCUCCACGCCCGACGAAGGAGAAGAUCCAAUAAUCCGUCAGGUGGUAGACGAAGAAGGAGUGCGGUUGGGAGCAGAGCAUCACUUUAACCUAUUUAAACAUAAGUUUGGGAAGGUUUAUUCUUCCAAGGAUGAACAUGAUUACAGGUUUAAAAUCUUCAAGUCUAAUCUGAACCGUGCUAAGAGGCAUCAAUUGAUGGAUCCUUCGGCGGUUCACGGUGUUACAAGAUUCUCCGAUCUUACCCCGAGAGAGUUUCGUAAGAGCGUUUUGGGAUUGAGAGGGGUGGGGUUGCCGAAAGAUGCUAAUGCAGCCCCGAUUCUUCCGACAGAUAAUCUUCCCAAGGAUUUUGAUUGGAGAGAGAAAGGAGCCGUUACUGCCGUUAAAAAUCAGGGCUCUUGUGGAUCAUGCUGGAGUUUCAGCACAACCGGUGCACUUGAAGGUGCUCACUUUCUGUCGACCGGAAAACUUGUCAGUCUUAGCGAGCAACAACUUGUUGAUUGUGAUCAUGAGUGUGAUCCUGAGCAACCAGGUUCUUGUGAUGCCGGGUGCAAUGGUGGUCUAAUGAAUAGUGCUUUUGAGUACAUUUUAAAAUCCGGUGGGGUGAUGCGCGAAGAAGACUAUCCUUAUUCUGGUACUGAUCGUGGAUCAUGCAAGUUUGACAAGAAAAAAAUUGCAGCAUCAGUAGCAAAUUUCAGUGUUGUUUCACUUGAUGAAGACCAGAUUGCCGCUAAUCUUGUCAAGAACGGUCCUCUUGCUAUUGCCUUGAAUGCCGUAUAUAUGCAAACGUACGUUGGAGGAGUAUCAUGUCCAUACAUAUGCUCAAAGAGACUAGAUCAUGGAGUGUUACUGGUGGGAUAUGGAUCUGGAGCCUAUUCGCCUAUUAGGUUGAAGGAGAAGCCAUAUUGGAUAAUUAAAAACUCAUGGGGUGAGACUUGGGGAGAAAAUGGAUACUAUAAAAUAUGCAGGGGACGAAAUAUCUGCGGAGUGGACUCUAUGGUUUCUACUGUGGCUGCCGUUCAUACUACUACCUAGUAGUUUGCUUUUCCAUGAUGUCUGUAUAUUCUGUUUAUUUUAUAUUGUGGAAAACCAUGAAUUGUUGCCAGUAUUGGACAAGAAUUGCUCUUCAUUGCAAAGUGUUAUAUGAUUCUAUUUUGAAAGCGGGUCUUCUUCUCGCAAUGAAACUGCUUUUGUUUCAGCUUUUUUAUGUUUAUUUCACUUUUUUGAAACACAUAACUAGAACACGAGGGAAUUUGGAA